GUUCUCCCCGCCAUGGCCGCCAUGGCCGCGGUGGCCGCCUGGCUCCUGCUGGCCCCGCGGCUCUCCGGGGCGUCCCCCGACGGCUCCGCCCCCGUCGCCGCCAACGGGACGUGCCGCGGGUCGUCGCGGUGCCAGCCCGGCGUCCUCCUGCCCGUGUGGCAGCCGGACGAGCCGGCGGCGGGCGACAAGGCGGCGCGGGCCAUCGUCUACUUCGUGGCCAUGAUGUACCUGUUCCUGGGCGUGUCCAUCAUCGCCGACCGCUUCAUGGCCUCCAUCGAGGUGAUCACGUCGCGCGAGAAGGAGAUCACGGUGACCAAGGCCAACGGCGAGACCAGCGUGGGCACCGUGCGCAUCUGGAACGAGACGGUCUCCAACCUGACGCUGAUGGCGCUGGGCUCGUCGGCGCCCGAGAUCCUGCUCUCGCUCAUCGAGGUGUGCGGGCACCGCUUCCAGGCGGGAGAGCUGGGCCCGGGCACCAUCGUGGGCAGCGCCGCCUUCAACAUGUUCGUGGUGAUCGCCGUGUGCGUCUACGCCAUCCCGGCGGGCGAGAGCCGCCGCAUCAAGCACCUGCGCGUCUUCUUCGUCACGGCCUCCUGGAGCAUCUUCGCCUACAUCUGGCUCUACCUCAUCCUGGCCGUCAUCACGCCGGGCGUGGUGCAGGUGUGGGAGGCCUUCCUCACCCUGCUCUUCUUCCCGGCCUGCGUGGUCUUCGCCUGGGCGGCCGACAAGCGCCUGCUCUUCUACAAGUACGUCUACAAGCGCUACCGCGCCGACCCGCGCAGCGGCAUCAUCAUCGGCGCCGAGGCCGAGCGCCCGCCCAAGGACGUGGAGGCCGACGGCGGCUUCCCCGCCCCGGCGGCCCUGGCACAGACCCCGGCCCUGCCCGAGCCCCCCGAGGGCUCGGCGGCGUCGCCGUCGCCCACGCCCGAGGAGCGGGAGCUGGACGAGAGCCGGCGCGAGGUCAUCCAGAUCCUCAAGGACCUGAAGCAGAAGCACCCGGAGAAGGAGCUGGAGCAGCUGGUGGACGCCGCCAACUACGUGGCGCUGGUGCACCAGCAGAAGAGCCGCGCCUUCUACCGCAUCCAGGCCACGCGCCUCAUGACCGGCGCCGGCAACGUGCUGCGCAAACACGCGGCAGAGGCGGCGCGGCGCUCGCCGGCGGCGCCGGGCGAGGACGACGAGGAGGAGGAGGAGGACGAGGCCUGCAGCCGCAUCUUCUUCGAGCCCUGCCUCUACCACUGCCUGGAGAACUGCGGGUCGGUGACGCUGGCCGUGGCCUGCGAGCAGGGCGUGGGCGCCAACCAGACCUUCUACGUGGACUUCCGCACCGAGGACGGCUCGGCCAAGGCGGGCUCGGACUACGAGUACAGCGAGGGCACCCUGAUCUUCAAGCCGGGCGAGACGCGCAAGGAGCUGGCCAUCGGCAUCAUCGACGACGACAUCUUCGAGGAGGACGAGCACUUCUUCGUGCGCCUGCUCAACCUGCGCGUGGGCGACGCCGAGGGCAUGUUCGAGGCCGACAACGAGGAGCACCCCAAGGGCAAGCUGGUGGCGCCGCUGGUGGCCACCGUCACCAUCCUGGACGACGACCACGCCGGCAUCUUCGGGUUCCGCGAGCGCUCGGUGCGCGUCAGCGAGUGCCAGGGCAAGGUGGAGGUGACGGUGGUGCGCAGCUCCGGCGCCCGCGGCACCGUCAUGGUGCCCUUCAGGACCGUCGAGGGCACGGCCCGGGGAGGGGGAGUCGACUACGAGGACGCCAGCGGGGAGCUCGAGUUCCGCAACGACGAGACGGCGAAGACGCUGCAGGUGAAGAUCGUGGACGACGAGGAGUACGAGAAGAAGGAGAACUUCUUCAUCGAGCUGGGCGCGCCGCGCUGGCUCAAGCGCGGCAUCUCGGCUCUGCUGCUCGCCCAAGGGGACGGGGAGCGGGCGCUCUCAGCCGAGGAAGAGGAGGCUCUGUCCCCAUGACCCUGUUGUGUCCCC